AUGCGGCAAAACAUCGUCCAGGCCAUUCUGGCGGCGUCAAUUUCCAGCACCCGUGCAGUCGUGCCCAACUAUACGACAGCUGAGGCAGGCAACCCGUUUGUGGAUGGGUGGUAUGCAGACCCAGACACGGAAAUUUACGACGGCUUAUACUGGGUCUACCCAACUGCUUCCUACAAUUACGAAGAGCAGACCUACCUCGACGCAUUUUCGUCCCCAGACCUGAUCAACUGGACCAAACACCCCAAUAUCCUCACCACCGCCAAUGUCUCGUGGGCAACACAAGCGGUGUGGGCACCAGCACCCAUCAGCCGCAACGGGAAGUACUACAUCUACUUCGGCGCCAACGACAUCCAAGAAGACGACACCACGACCAUAGGCGGCAUCGGAGUCGCAGUGUCUGACUCCCCAGACGGUCCUUAUGUCGACGCCAUCGGCUCACCCCUGAUCGGUGAAUACCACAACGGCGCGCAGCCCAUCGAUCAGGACGUCUUCAUCGACGACGAUGGGCAAGCAUACAUCUACUACGGCGGCCACUCGCACGCCAACGUCGCCCUCCUGGACGAGGACAUGAUAUCUAUCGGGACCUUCCCUGACGGCACGCAGUUCAAGGAGAUCACACCCACGAACUACGUCGAGGGCGCGCAGAUGUUCAAGCGCAACGGCACGUACUACAUGAUGUGGUCCGAGGGCGGGUGGACGGGGCCUGACUACGCCGUGUCAUAUGCGAUGGCAGACUCGCCCCUGGGACCAUUCGAGCGGAAAGCCAAGAUCUUGCAGCAGGACUUGGCAGUGGCUACUGGGAGCGGCCACAACGGGGUGAUAAACGUCCCUGACACUGACAUUUGGUAUAUCGUGUACCACCGGAGACCACUCGGGGACAGCAAUGGAAACCACAGGCAGCUGGCCUAUGACCGGAUGUAUUUCAACGAGGACGGCUCGAUCGCAGAUAUUGUGAUGCUGGUCAAGGAUGACUUCGAGGACGGCAAUUACAUCGGCUGGACGGCGUAUGACGGCGGCUGGUCGGUGGUAGAUGGCCAGCUCAAGGCGGAGACAUCAGAUGGAGGCAAGGCACUUCUGAAUACGAACUUCACUGACUUGGUCUAUGAUGCCGACAUCACAAUUGUUAGUGGCGAUGGGGAUGCGGGCCUGUUGUUCAGGACGGUCUCACCGAGUAGUGGGUCGAAUGCGUUCGAGGGUUACUACGCCGGCAUAUCUACCGCUGGAUCAGUCACCCUGGGCAAAGCCAAUGGUAGCUGGACGGAAAUCGGGGCGGCAAAACUUGAUAUUUCUGCGAACGCGCAGUAUCAUGUCCGUGUGACUGCGGUGGGCAGAGAAAUUAGUGUCUUUGUAGAGGACAUGGAGACCGCCAAGAUUGCUAUCUCGGAUGAGACAUACACUGAAGGCCAGGAUGGAGUGAGGGUUUUCACGACGGAGGCUUUAUUCAACAACAUUUCGGUGGCGAGGCCAUGA